AUGUCUUUACUUGAAGGCGGUGAUAGACGUCGUUAUAAUCUACCUUCACAUGAUGAAGUUGCAGUUCAGUAUGCUGUAGAUGCAUAUGUAAAAAUUGAAGGCCAGCGUCUUGCUUUUAUCAGAAAUAAUCAAAAUAAGCUGAGAAGCGAGCAGUACGAUGCCUUUCAUGAACAUAUUAACAACAUUGCCAAUGAUCGUAAUAUUAGACCAGGACGAGUAGUAGUUUUGCCAUCAUCUUAUAAUGCGAAUGAUAGACCUGAUUUGGUUACUCGAGUAUUUAAACUCAAGUUAAAUAACCUCCUCAAUGAUAUAUUCAAACAUGGUGUAUUAGGCAAAGUUGUAACGCAUGUUCGGGUUAUUGAGUUUCAAAAGUGUGGUUUGCCGCAUGCCCACAUUUUACUUCAUUUAGCAAAUGAUGAUAAACUUGAAACAUCACAGGAUAUCGAUAAUUUGAUUUGUGCAGAAAUUCCAGAUCCGAUACUUAAUUGUGAACUUUAUGAUAUUAUCAAAACUUGCAUGAUUCACGGCCCAUGUGGGAUACUGAAUCCAAGUUCUCCCUGCAUGAAAGAUGGGGUGUGCAGCAAAAAAUAUCCUAAAGAUUUUAAUGCCAACACAGUAGCUGUUCACAAUGGUUAUCCGCGCUAUAGGCGUCGUGAUAAUGGCUUGGUUAUCAAUAUUAAAGGCAACAAUGUAGAUAACCGUUGGGUGGUACCUUAUAAUCCUUGGUUAUCAAAGAAAUAUCAAGCCCACAUUAAUGUUGAAGCUUGCAUGUCUGUAAAGGCUGUUAAAUAUUUGUAUAAAUACAUAUACAAAGGGCAUGAUUGUGCGAAUGUUUUGAUAAAUGAACAGGUUAAUCACGAUGAAAUAAACACUUUCUUAGAUUGUCGUUAUGUUAGUGCACCUGAGGCGCUGUGGCGAAUAUUUGAGUAUCCCAUAAGUCAUAUGUCACACUCUAUUAUCCGUCUUAAGGUUCAUCUUCCUGAGAAUCAAAUUGUGUAUUUUAGAGAAGGAGAAGAACAAGUGGCGUUAGAUCGUGCUGCUCAACGUAAUACACACCUUACGGCCUGGUUUAAAUUGAAUUCUGAAAAUGAAGGAGCCAAUCGCUAUUCAUAUGUUGACAUUCCAUAUCACUUUGUAUUUGAUGAUAAACAUUGUAAAUGGAAGGUUAGACAAAGAGGUGGAAAUAAGGUGAUAGUAAGAAUGUAUAAAGUUAGUCCAACAGGAGAAUUAUUUUUUCUUAGAUUGUUACUUUUACAAGCAAAAGGAGCAAAAUCUUGGGAGGAUUUGCGUACUGUUAAUGGAAUAGUUCUUGAAACCUUUCGUGAAGCGUGUGUUUUUAAUGGUUUGUUGCAAGAUGACACUGAAUGGCAGAAUACUCUUUCUGAGGCAGUUUUAACGCGAAUGCCUAAGCAAAUCAGGCAGCUGUUUUCAAUUAUUUUAACCUUUUGUGAACCUGAUGACCCUUUGCAUCUUUGGAAUUCAUACAAAGCCUUUAUGAUGGAGGCUUAA